AUGGAGAAAGUCGACGUUUUAAUUUGUGGCAGUGGAUCUGCUGGUCUCUGUGCAGCUACAUGGCUUGCUAAAUACGGUGUGCGAUGCAAGGUAUUGGAGCGAAGGGAUGGCCCUAUGCAGAUGGGCCAGGCCGACGGCGUGCAAUGUCGCACCGUGGAGAUCUUCGAAAGUUUCGGUGUGGGAGAGGAGCUCCUUCGCGAGGCAUAUCAUGUUCUAGAAGUUAACUUCUGGGCUGAGGAUAGCACUGGCAUCAAACGCACUGGGCGAACGGCAGAUACCCAGCCCGGUCUAUCGCACCAGCCUCAUGUUAUUCUCAAUCAAGCUCGCAUCAACGGACUAUUGUUGGAUUUGAUGAAGAAGACCAAUAAUCAGCAAAUUGACUAUGGUUAUAAUGUGACCAACGUCGAAGUUGAUAGCCUGUCUGCUGGUGACCCCAACGCCUAUCCUGUGAAGGUCACUGCAGAGAAAGAUGGCAAAACCGAGGUAUCUGCGGCCAAAUAUGCUCUGGCUUGCGAUGGGGCGCACAGUAUCGUCCGCAAAGCCCUUGGGUACCGCAUGAUUGGGGACAGCAGUGAUGCAGUUUGGGGUGUCAUGGACAUGGUUCCCCGAACUGAUUUCCCAGACAUUCGGAAGAAGUCCACAAUUCGCUCGAAAUCCGGCAACAUUCUGAUUAUUCCCCGCGAGGGCGAAAACGACAACCUAACUAGAUUCUAUAUUGAACUUCCUCCUGGGACCAACCCGAAGGAGGUCACCCUUGAAAAUUUACAGGCACAAGCACAAAGGAUCUUGAGUCCUUACAAAGUUGAUUUUGUUGAAACUGUCUGGUGGUCUGCAUACGCAAUUGGCCAGCGCCAUGCCGAUUUCUUCCACAAAGAUCACCGAGUGUUCCUCGCCGGCGAUGCUUGCCAUACCCACUCCCCUAAAGCUGGACAGGGUAUGAAUGUCAGCUUGCAAGAUGGAUAUAACAUUGGCUGGAAGCUAGGCGAAGUUCUGACUGGUUUGGCCAAUCCGUCACUCCUUGAGACAUAUGUCUUGGAACGCCAGAAGGUCGCCAUCGAUCUAAUCAACUUCGACCGUCAUUUCUCUAAACUGUUUUCAUCUGGUGCUCAAACUUCCCCUGCCGAGUUUCAACAGGGCUUUAUCCAAGCUGGAAAGUAUACUGCUGGUUUGACAGCGACGUAUGAUGUUUCCUCCAUCACAUGCGCGUUGGAAUCUGAACAGAUUGCCUCUCAGGUGACUGUAGGUAUGCGUCUGCCCAGUGCGCAGGUCGUGCGUUUCUGUGACUCCAAACCAAUGCAGCUUAUGCAAGCCCUCAAGUCUGAUGGCCGAUGGCGGAUAAUGGCCUUUGUCGGCAACCUUGCUACACCAGAAAGCCAGUCAAAAUUAGUCAAGCUUGGUGAUUACUUGGAUGCAGCCGAUGGCCCAGUCCACAGUUUCACGCCUCGAAACCAAGACUCUGAUAGUCUGAUUGAGACUAUCGUGAUCGGUCAUGGAGUACGCCAUGAUGUGGAAUUGGAGGAAAUCCCCAAAUGCUUCUAUCCAAUCUCCGGAAAAAAUCAAACCAGAGGUAUAGCCCUUUUUGAAGUAUCCAUAAAUGCUCUUACUGACCCUUGUCGCUCAGAUCUUCACAAACUAUACUACGACGACGAAAGUUAUAAUAUGGGCCACGGACAUGCAUAUGAGCACCUGGGUAUUGACCCAGUACAAGGUGCAAUCAUCAUUGUUCGACCAGAUCAAUAUGUCUCCGCUGUGAUGGGAUUGGGGGAUUAUCAGGAAAUUGGCAACUUCUUUUCCGGCUUUCUCAACCAUCAGACUGCAAUAGAAAUGGACUACAACAGACCAAAAUCUCCUACUACGCUGGGAAGAAUCCUCGAAAGUAGCUCGCAUGGAGUUCUUAAAGUCCGAGAUUCAAGAUCGGAUAUCCCGGAGAAAGCGUAUCCCCGCAACCCCUCUCCUGGCUUCAACUGUGUGCUUCAAGUGUUCUUCUGUAUUGAAACAACCGUCAUGGAUACUCUAUCACCGCCACCAAAACUCACACACCUUUUCACGUUGCGCUGCGCGGUAGACGCGCCAAUGGAAGUCGGCCAUGGUCCCUAUGGUCGACGGCGCUGUGUUCCAAUCAAGUCUGGAUCUGUACAAGGAAAAUUUCUCAAUGGUGAGGUGGUGCCAGGAGGUGCGGAUUUUAUCACUGAAGGAACACGGGCAGGUCCUCCGGAGGUUCUCCAGGCAUUGAUGGAGGGCGGUCCUGUUGAUCCUAGUCAGUAUUGGUUUCACCUUCACGUGAAGAUUGAAACUGGUCACGAGAAGUACAAGUGGAUGAACAAUCGCGUUAUUGUCGGACGAGCCACAAGGGCAAAAGGCGAGGUGGCAUACGAUGCAUACUUUCUGGAAAACAGUCCAUAG